AUGAUGAACUUUUAGAGGCAACAAGAUAUAAACGCAGUUGAUUUCUUCGGAUAUUACCAUUUGAUGAAUCAAUUUGUUAUAAGAUCUUGCAAGGAUUAGCUUACAAGUAUUUAAGUUAAAUAAAAUUCACUUUUUGAAGUAGGGUAUAAAAUUGGGAGAAGUGUAGUUGAAAAAAUUACAGAAAAUUGCUUAGAUAAAUUCAAAGAAGAUGUAGAAAAGAACAAUGCAAAAUGUCUUCCUCAAAUUAAAUUUAUUAGCAAAGAUUUCUGGAGUUAUUUAUUUUAGAAAGACGUAGAUAAAGCUAAUCAUAAUCUCAAAGGAACAUUUUAUUUGAAAGUAUUUACAUUUACAAUGUUUGAAAAGCUAUCAAACACAGAGUCUCCCGAAGUUUAAGAAUUUGUCAGUUUAUGGUACUAAGUUAUUAGAGGAUUAGUUGCUGGAGCUAUGAAGGGAUUAUCUUACCCAUCUGAGGUUUCAGUUGAUUCUGUUCCUCCAGAAAAACCAGAUCAUAUUUAACCAUUUAUGAUAUCUAUUCAAAUAUUAAAUUAUCCAGCACUGCUGUCAUCUCAAAUUUAGCAAAAGUGA